UUGUAUGUGGUCAUUAUAUCUUGAAGUAAAAUCUUUUUUAAUGCGGAAUUGCAAAUUUAAAGCUUACUUGCAUGUUAGACAUGUUGUAGGGGACCUUUUUUUUUUAGCACAUUGGUCUCCAAUCGUGAUACGGUUGGAAUGGUUGACAUGGAGUAAGUAAAAAGGUGUAAAUGGGGAUACUUCUACUUGAAGCAGUGCUUAAAAAACACUGUGAAAUCCACCAAGAUGUGUGACCAUCGGUUGCUUCGCUCUGGGUCAGCAGGAGAGAUUGACCAUGUACAGCAUCUGUCUGACAACAUUGGAGCACUGUUUGAGAAUGCAGAUUAUCACGAUGUUACCAUCAUUGUGGAACAGCAACAUUUUAGUGCACAUAAGGUCAUCUUGGCUGCAAGAUCAGAAUACUUCAGGGCAUUAUUGUUUGGUGGAAUGAGAGAAAGUAACUGCAAAGAAAUAGAACUGAAGGAUACCAGUGCCACAGCUUUUCGGCAUUUACUCAAAUACAUAUACACUGGCAGAGUUAAUCUGGGUGAAAUGACGGAGGAUGUGGUGUUGGAUGUACUGGGACUUGCUCACCAGUAUGGAUUUGUGGAAAUGGAAAAGGCAAUAUCGGAGUACUUAAAGGCUGUAUUAAACACCAAGAAUGUGUGCCUGAUCUAUGACAUCGCCAGCAUGUACAGCUUGCGAACUUUAUCAGACACUUGCUUUCAUUACAUGGACAGAAAUGCCCAGGACAUCAUCAACAGUGAAGCCUUUCUUUGUUUAUCUGAGAGUGCACUAUGCGAGAUGCUCGCCAGGGACUCAUUCUGUGCCCCAGAGGUGGAGAUUUUCAAUGCAGUUUGUCUUUGGUAUGAAAAGAACCCCAACUGUGAUAUAGCCAAAAUAAUGAAAAACAUAAGAUUGACCCUGAUGUCACUGCAAGACCUGUUGAAUAAGGUCAGGCCUAAAGAGUUAGUUUCUGCUGAUGCCAUUCUAGAUGCCAUAAAGUUUAAGACAGAAAAAAGGGACAUGGAGCUUCACUAUAGGGGAUUUCUCACCCUCAAUGAGAAUAUUGCCACAAUGAGGCAUGGAGCCAAGUUGGUCCGAGGUGAGAUGAAAGCUGCCCUGUUGGAUGGGGACACGUUGAACUAUGAUCUGGACAGAGGGUUCUCCAGACAUCCCAUAGAUGACACCAAUGGUGAACUGGUAGUAGAGUUAGCUCAACCUUCCAUCAUUAACACAGCAAGACUGCUACUGUGGGACAGAGACAUGAGGUCUUACUCUUACUACAUAGAUGUAUCUAUGGAUGACAAGGACUGGGUGAGAGUGGUGGACCACACCAAAUAUUUAUGCAGGUCAUGGCAGAAUUUGCACUUUCCGGCAAGGGUUGUAAGGUUUCUCAAGAUUGGUGGAACUCACAACACAGUAAACAGGGUUUUUCAUGCAGUCGCAUUUGAAUGUCUGUACAGCACGAAACCAUUUAGGCUGGAAAGAGGUUUGCUAGUCCCUUCUGAAAAUGUGGCUACCAUUGAAGCCAGUGCCUGUGUGAUUGAGGGGGUGAGCAGGAGCCGCAAUGCUCUGAUCAAUGGUGACACCAAGAACUAUGACUGGGACUCGGGGUACACCUGUCACCAGCUUGGAAGUGGUGCAAUAGUGGUGCAGCUAGCACAGCCAUAUAUCAUAGGGUCUAUGAGAAUGUUGCUAUGGGAUUGCGAUGACCGUAGUUAUAGUUACAAGAUAGAAGUAUCCACUGACCAACAGACUUGGCAUACAGUGGCAGACAAAACAAGGGAAAACUGCAAGUCAUGGCAGACCAUAGUUUUUCCACCAAGGCCAGUCACAUUUGUCAAGAUAGUUGGGGUUCAGAAUACAGCAAAUGAAGUUUUUCAUUGUGUUCAUUUCGAGUGUCCUUGUGACUCCUUGUCUGUGGCUCGCUAUGCCCGGGGUGUGGAUGAACCAACCCCCCGCACCACCUCAAGUCCUGAGGGAGCAGCAGCCGGUUCCUCUGCCAUGCCACAGACACCACAGAUGCCCCUUCCACCCAUGACAGAGCAGUCCAGUAAUCCUGACAUGACGUAACAGCAUGAAAGACUCGGAUAACUACAGGCUUGUAUCUAACACAACCUGUGUUCAACAAAA